AUGCAGUCAUAUUUUGGGGAGCUGAUGGCUUCUCAAGCCUCUCUAUCAACUCGCUGGAAUAGAUACUGCGAGAACCUUUACAUCAAACCAUCUCGAGGCCCGACUACACAACGUGUGGGCAUGGCCACUCGAGUCGUCAAACCUUCCAGUGCGAACAACAGCCCCCGAUCGUCCGCUGCAAAGUCAAGGAGACGCACAAUUGUAAACGACUCUCAGACUUCUCAAACAGCGAGAAGGCAACAGCAAGUCCUAGACUACCUCUCGGGUUCUCAGCCAGUCCCUUCAGGAAGCCAACGACGGCCUGUCAGCUGGCAUCCAUCGAUGCAUAUGCAAUCACCUCAAGAUGAAUACCUACAAACUCCCUCCUUUGACUGGCUACCUUCGACCAUGCAACAUGCCCAGUACACCAACUACCAUUCGGCAUCUCAGCCAUCCCCGCCAAUGGUUUCUUACUCAAACAACACUUCACCAUCACCAACUUUCUCUCCGCCUUCACCCACUUAUAUGGGUACCGAGGCUAUGACCACUCGACCAGUCGAUGAGUGGCAGUUGGCAGCAUGCUAUCCCAAUAUGAGCGAUGAUCGAUUUGCAAUGUCGACAUUGAACAGUGCUGUUGAUGCAUACAGCCUUGGAUACAUCGACACUACUCCACCUACGCCUUCCUCCUACAUGCCUACCCAGCCAUUACAGCCAACUCUUCCUGAAGCAGCCAUCCAAGUGCUGGACGAGCCAGAAGAGGAGGGAGAAAUUCUUAUUGGCAUGGGGCUUUACGAUACUCCCGGUAAAUAUGAAGAGGACCCACACCUGAACAACUACCGGUCUACUGUAUCGUCUCUCCUCGGAUCCUCAGUCCGACCUCGGGAGCCUACUGGCAAGGGCCUGAAACUGGAGGAGACUUGGGAGCCCCCAAAAUCUGAUAAUGAGGAGGAGGAUGAAGAGGAGGAAGAGGAAGAUGAAGAGGAUAAUUAA